AUGGCCCGCACGAAGCAGACUGCCCGUAAGUCCACCGGAGGCAAAGCCCCCCGUAAGCAACUGGCGACCAAGGCCGCCCGCAAGUCCGCGCCCGCCACCGGCGGUGUGAAGAAGCCCCACCGCUACAGGCCCGGCACCGUUGCCCUGCGCGAGAUCCGUCGCUACCAGAAGUCCACCGAGCUGCUCAUCCGCAAGCUCCCCUUCCAGCGCCUGGUCCGCGAGAUCGCCCAGGACUUCAAGAGUGACCUUCGCUUCCAGGGCUCCGCUGUGCUCGCCCUGCAGGAGGCUGCCGAGGCGUACCUGGUGGGCCUGUUCGAGGACACCAACCUGUGCGCCAUCCACGCCAAGCGCGUGACCAUCAUGCCCAAGGACAUCCAGCUGGCCCGCCGCAUCCGCGGUGAGCGCUCUUAA